AACAUGGACACCGGCCCGCCUCGGAACGAGGACAUCGACCUUCCCGAGGUGCGCGUGAUCGACGAGGAUAAAGCGCCCGUCGGCGUGAUGUCCUCCGCGGAAGCGCAAGAGAUCGCGGACGAGGCUGGCUUGGACCUCGUGAUGUUCUCCCCGGAGGCGAACCCGCCGGUGUGCCGCAUAAUGAACUACUCCAAGUACAAGUACGAGCAGGAGAAGAAGCAACGCGAGACGCGGAAGCGCGCGGCGGCGACGAGGAUCGAAGUGAAGGAGCUCAAGAUGCGGUAUAACAUCGACUCGCACGAUUACAUGGUGCGUCUGAAAGCGGCGAAGAAGUUUCUCGACGGCGGCGAUCGCGUCAAACUCGUGUGCCAGUUCCGCGGACGCGAGAACGAGUUCCGCGACAUGGGGAGGGACAUGUUUAUGAAAUUCGUCGACGAUUGCAACUCCGACGAGGACUUGUGCACCCUGGAGGGGAACCCGUCCAUGGAGGGGAACAGGAUGGUGAUGGUGCUCGGCCCGGUGAAG